GUUCGUAAUAAACAACUGUCAAAGAUGCAUCGCUCUAUCAGCCGCCGAACGCGCGUAAUCCGCAUCGCGAUCCUGCAAUUUGUUUUACAAUCAGUUGUCAUGGCUACGUCGACGCAGAAUCAGCUGCCGGAAUACUACGCCGAAGAGAUUCAGCGCAUCGGCAACAACUUCGCGGACAACUUCAAGCGGGCUUUUAACAACGAGGGCAUUCGAUUGAGGAAGGCGCACAAGUCAAUCGAGCUGGAAAAUGUUGGCUUUUCCUUCGACAACAUUUACGUUGAUUUGAGCGACAUCAAAUUGAACUACCCGGAAUUCCGUGUGAAUUAUAUGAACAUAGAUUUGGAACAAGGUAUAAUCAACUAUAAACUCUCUGUGGGCAAAUUGCUCUUUCGGAGUAAACUACAAAACGUCACUAUCACACGAUUCAAAGGAUUGUAUGUGCACGCUGCGGCGAAAUUGCAAUGGACUCUACACAAGAUGAACAUCACAGGUUCCGCGGGUCUUUUCCGCGUGGGCGACUCAUUUGUAGCAAAAAACAAUAGAAACUUAUAUUAUUUCGAAAAGGGCGAAAUUGAGCAAUUCGUAGAAGAUCAACAACUGCCCGAAACUACAAGUUUCAGAGAAAACGACGUAUCACUAUUCAGAAUACUCCAGGCAAGCGUCUAUGCGGCACUGUCGAGCAAAAUAAAGCGACAGAUGGACGUGAUAACUGAAUUUUCGGCCAGCGAGCUGCUGCUGGACGAAAGCGAGGAGAUCGACAAGUACGAUGAGUACCUCGGCCGGCGAACGCUGCGCGCAAAUCUGCUCAUAGACAGCGUCAUUAACCGAGCGAAGACGACGGGCCUUUUCGACGACAGCGAGGCAAUAACGACCGGCGUCGUCCUGCCCUAUCGACGCGCUAACGCCACGACGCGACACUUGUUGAUCGCCAGGGGAGAGAUCGGCGGCAUGCACACGUUCACACGUCUGCGGGAUUGCAGCAUGAGCGAGCGCGAUGGUGAGCUGCGCGUCUAUGGCGAGCUGGGUCUUACGGAUUAUAAAUUCAACUAUCAGUACACCACCGAGUAUGAAGGCUUUGGCUUCGCCGGCAAUAUUUCAGCGAAGAUCUAUCGCAACACGUGGAUGCUGGAGGUGAUCAAACGGGUGGGCGAGAAACCUGCGGUCAUUCUUACCGCCGACAAAGUCGGGGAUAUCGAAAUAGAUUAUUCAAAUUUAGGUUCGCUAACGUGGCUGACCCAGCCGCUGCGGAAGAUCCUCACUGGGCAUAUCAAGAUGGAGACCGACGAACGAGUGAGAGACUUCUUGGAAAAGCGACUGCAUUCCGCUGCUCUACAACUGCCAAUCAUCAAAGACUACCAGCACCGAUCUCAAUAACUCCGACUGCCAAAUGAACUACGCUAAUAUACGUUUGCCACACGUCGAAA